AUGGAAACUAGCACCACCGUGGUGAGCACUCGCCCGACCACCUGCAUGACGUGCACAAAUGCCACACAAGGGGAACGCCACGCACAACAGCCAACACCACUUGCUGACCCGAAUCUCGUUACGUACAACCGCCCCCAGGGUUACCAGGGCAAGUUCACACUACCUGAAUUCGGUGGCCUCACACAUGAGGACCCACAGAGUUUCGUGGAGAACUGUGAAGUGCGAUUAACCCGGGCAGGUAUACCCGUAGACGAGUGGUCGGGACAGGCCAGCGGGCAGCUGCGAGGCACAGCCUAUGAAUGGUGGGACAUAUGGGGACGUUUCGGCAUGCCGUGGGCAGAAUUCGCCGGCACACUAACUCGCCGCUUCGACACCGAACAGGCAUUGGUCGACUGCACUUCGCAGUUCUAUGGCGAGCGGCAGAAAGACGGCGAAACGGCCGAACAGUUCGUGGCACAAAAACUAUGUCUCUUCACGCGCGUCAACCCACACGCUCGACCCACGACAGCGCUACCCACCGUGACGGCGUUACUACACACCGGCCUCCAGCCAUUCAUGCGUUGUUGUCGCCCGGAGUCGGUAGAAGAAUAUCUGCAGCAGGCAGCUGCCAUCGAGCAGAACCUGCGCGAUCUCUGGCAACGGGGCACACCGGGCACGAGUCGGGGACGCCUCAGUCAGACACCACAACAGGGGGGAGCUGAUACCCAGCCACCGACCCGACGACGAGCUAUCGAGAACACACCUCAAACCGACGCAACACCCACCAGGGUAGCACUACAGGACGCCCUGGGGCUGCCACUGUGCCAGCGAGGUUGCCCCAAUGAACCACCGCUCCCGGUUACCACGGGAGGGGAAAGACCCCCCCAUUUGUACCAGCUGACCCGGCCCCGGGACAGCCUUCUUCGCAUCCCCGUGGUGGUCGACGGGAGAGCCGUGGCUGCUCUAGUCGACACGAAGGCGAGUCUCGUAUUUGUAGCCCCCCACCUGGUACAGUCCGGGAAACUUCAACCGCAACAAGCGGAGUUACAACUAGCCACAAAUACCCGGCCAGGCCUGACCGUAGGGCGAGCAACACUACAGGUCAGCAUAAGGGGCUAUAUCACCACCGUGAUCGCCCUCGUAGUCAAGGACCUCCGCGAGGAGAUAGUCCUGGGGCAGCCCUGGCUGGCUGAGCAGGAUGUCGUAAUCGAGACCAAGGCCACCCGGGUACACAUCGGUACGCAAGAGCGGCUAGCAGUCUAUGCAGUCGAGUCACUACCUGCAAGGGCUAAGGAAGCCGUAACACUCCACCAGAUACUUCACGACGUCCCACUCGAGUACCGCGCCGCCGUAGACCAUGUACUAGCAGAGCGAAAAGAGAUAUUCACGGUGUCCGACCCACUCAGCCGAACUACGGUCACCGAACACCACAUACCGACCACCCACAACAACCCGGUGUACGAGCCCCCCAGAGGGUACGGUUUCCGGGAGCAACGCGCCAUCAGGGAACAGGUCGCAGAGAUGCACCGGGAUGGUGUUAUUGAACCGUCGAACAGUCGCUACAAUGCUUGCAUUGUACUCGCGCCGAAGACGGACGGGUCACUACGGUUCUGCGUGGACUUCUGGCCAUUGAACACAAUCACGGUUAGCGCCCCGCCACCCCAGAUCAGCGUAGAGAACGCGGUAGUAGGACUAGUACGAGCAACAGUGUUCAGUACCCUUGACCUUAAAUCGGGGUACUGGCAGUUCCCCAUACGGACCGAGGACCGCGAGAAGACCACGUUCACCAUCCCCGACGGCCGCAAAUUUCAAUUUCGAGCGAUGCCAUUCGGGCUGAAUUGUGCCCCCGCGACGUUCCAGGGGAUGAUGACGUGCGUACUAGAGGGCUAUGUCGAUCGCUUCGCGCUGGCUUACCUUCACGACGUAAUUAUAUUCUCGGAGACCUGGGAGGAACACAUCGGGCACCUUACGUUAGUUAUAGAUCACCUCGCUACCCAGCACUUGACCGUCGCGCACCACAAGUGCCACAUCGGGACACAGGAGAUAGAGUUCCUGGGACAUGUCGUGAGCGCCGCGGGUAACCGGGCACAAGCGGGCCACCUCAAAAAGAUCGCCGAAGCCGAGGUACCACGAACGCGGAAACAGCUCCAACGCUUCGUCGGCUUGAUUAACUGGCUCCGGUGCUACGUCCCUAACUUCUCAAGGACAAUAGCCCCCCUGAUGGACCUCCUGUUACCACAGUCACGGUACAGAUGGAACGACCACGCCCAGCGCGCAUUCGAAGAGGUUAAACUCGCCUUCACACAGUGCCACAAGCUCACGCAGGGUAAACCCGGAACGUUGCCUCUACCUACAGAUGGACGCAAGUACCCUCGGCGUGGGCGCGGUACUAUACCACGUAGGCCCGGACAGCAGGCGUGA